UUAAAAUACUUACUUUGUACUUUUUAACGGAAAUGCUUCUUUCUUCACCUAAAAUUAAAAAAUCGUCUAAUGGCCCUCCCCCCUCUCCUGUUGGCUCUAACUGUGGGGGCCUUCUUCUUUUGCCAGGACCGGCAUCAUCAACUUCUGGUUGUUAUUCACCUUCUCUAUCUUCAUCUGCUCCUUUAACCCCAACGGCACCAACAAUGAUUGCAUCUUCAAAUACUCGUAUUAAAGAGGAAUGUUGUUUUUCUUUGGAAGGAUUUUUGUAUAUGAAAUGUUUAAGUGGAGCAUUAUCAUUAUUAUCAACUCGAAAACAUUUAUAUUUUGGACUUGAAGAACUUAACAAUAAAUUAAUUUAUUAUAAAACAAAAGGAGAUUUUGAUGCAAGAAAGGAUUGCCAAGGACAAAUUUCAUUAAAUGGAGCAUUUUGCUCUUUAAUUGAAGGAAAUAUGCGCGGAUUUAUUUUAUAUACGGAAACAGGGAAAAAAUAUUUAUUAGAAGCAGAAAAUGAGCGUGCAGCUGAUUGUUGGUUAAAUGCUUUACAACAACGAAGGGAUGAUUGUAAUGAUAAAAAUGGAAUUUUUGUAGAUAGUCUUCCACUUGCUUCAAUUGAAAGACAAAGAAGAAGACAUAGAAGUAGAAGUAAAUCUUUUGAUCAAUCUAAUAAUAAUAAAAAUAAUAAUGAUUUGGAUGGAAAAUUAAAACAACAACAACAAAAACGUUCGGCAACAUUAGAUGGAGAAGAUAAUAAUGCUUUGUUUGAAAGGGGGAGAACUAGAACUUUACAACAAACAAAGGAUAAAACUACACCAAUUGAUUUAUUACUCGAAACAACAACAUUAGCAGAAGCAAUAAUUACAUCUUCCCCAAUAAAUAGUCCACAAGCAACAACAAAAUUAGAAAAUAAUGGGGUAACAAUAAAUGGUGAUAAUGAAAAUAAAAAUUCUUGGUGGAAAUGGCCAACACGUUCAUCAACACAACAAAUAAAAAAUAAAGAAGAAAAGAUUUCAUCUGAUAUUAUUUUAAAAGAAAAUAAUAUUAAAAAGAAAAGUGAUGAACAAAAAUGGUUAGUUGAUUAUUGGCUCAAAAAUCAACAGCAAGAAGAGAAAAAUGGAGAAAUUAAUUUAAAUACAAAAAAUAAAUUAAUUAAUGAAUUAAUAGAUAUUCCUCCUUUACCAAAUAUAUUAUGUAAUGGAAAUGGAAUCCAUUCAACAACAGAAAGUAUUAAAAGUAAUAGUAGUACAAGUUUGGGUACAACAACAAAUGAAAGUAUUAAGAAAAUUGAAGAAAAUAAAGAAGAAAAUGAGCUUUUAAUUCUUAGAGAAUUAAGUAAUAGACAAAAAGAACAAAUUGUGGAAUUACGUGAACAGCUUGAAAAAGCACAGAAAUUAAUAGAUGAAAAUGGAAGUGUUGGUUUGGCAGCCUCAGAAUUUAUUGCAAAAAGUAGAUUUUUAAGAUCAGAAUUAGAACGAAUAAAUGAACACAGGGCUGAAGCAAAUAAACAAAUUGAAACAUUUAGAAAAUGUUUAUCACAAUCUGAGGCGGAAAUGGAGGAAUUUAAAAGAGAAUAUAUACAUUUAUUGCAAAGUUGUGUUCACAUUCCACUUCGGGAUAACAGUGCUUGUGAUAUUGUUGAAGUAAAACUUUAUGGUGGAGAUGAACAUGAACGUAGGGUUAGGAAAUUACUUGAAAAAGCUAGACAAACAGACCCGACACUUCCAACAUUUGAAGCUGUUCUGAGUAAAAAUGGAAAUGAAGGGGGAGAAGCUACUUUUCAUGUUGAUGGCUAUGGAUUUAGACAUAGUUUUAAUGAGGCUCCAUUAGCCCUUCAUUUUAUAGCAACACAAUUACACGCUCAUUAUCAAUCCCAAUCAGCAGAUUAUGUUAAUUUAAAAGCUAAUUGGAGAGCUUUACUUAAUGCUAAUCCUGACAGAAUUGAAAAAAAUCGCCAAACUAGGCAUUUAUGCCGUUUAGGAAUUCCUCGUUCUUUACGUUCACGUGUUUGGAGACUUUUAAUUGACCAACAAGUUUCUGAUUUAAAAGCACAUUACGGCACUUAUUAUUUUAGAGAAUUAUGUAGUUCUCAAGGAACUCCAAAUGAAAAAAAUUUUAGCGCAACACAUCAAAAACAAGUUAAUUUAGAUUUGUUAAGAACUAUGCCUAAUAAUGUACAUUUUAUGUCUGCAUCUUGUAAGGGUGUUACACAUUUACAAACUGUACUUCGAGCAUAUUGUCUCCAUAACCCAACAAUUGGUUAUUGUCAAGGGAUGAAUUUCCUUGUAGCUACAGCCCUUUUAUUUAUGAGCCCAGAAGAUGCUUUUUGGUUUAUUGUUGCAAUAACUGAAAGAUAUUUUGAUUCUUCUUAUUUUGACCAAACAUUAACUGGGGCUCAAGCUGAUCAGGAAGUUUUGAAAGAAAUUGUUGAACAGAAAUUUCCGCAAUUGGCUGAACAUUUGGAUGAAUGCGAAAUUGAUUUAACUACAGCAAGUUUUUUAAAUUAUUUUUGA